CCUCGCUUUCAAUCUGCUUGGCCUGCUAACAUUUGCUUCUUAGCAUUAACUUUCAUUUUGAAAGUCGAAAAAGGUCGAACGAUGUCUGCCACACUUAACGUUGCUCGCUACAGUGCUCUCCUUUCAGGUGUCUUCUAUGGCAUCUACCACCGUCGGUCACUGCAAAAAGCCCACGACCAAGAGAAGGAACACCACGCAAUACAUCAACGUGAACAGUUGAUAGCACAAGCAAGGGAUGCAUGGAGACACAAGCAGGAGAGUCCAAAAGAGUCGGAUGGUAUCAUCACAAACCCAGAAGAUCCACGAUUCGACCUCGAGAAGCUCGUUGCCAAAUGGGAGAAAGAUCUAUAAUGGUAGUUUAGUCCUGCUUUCCUCCGUCAACUAUACCUAUAGAUCACUGCCAUCCUCAAUUUCACUCUUGUGGCAGACGUAAAUGAGCCAUGUCAUCCGAAGAUUCUGAACUGCUCCAAUGAUUUUGUUUCUGCUGCUCUAAACGCGUUUAUCUUAGUUUUAUGAAUGAAUUUGAAUGUCUGCAUGAUAUGUGAAGGUAGCGCCGG